AUGACCACCAUCAAUGGCCAGCAAUUGUUUACUGGUGGGACCUUUGAUUUUACGGUGCAAGAACAGAGUGUCAAUUUUGACUUUUUGGACAGUGAUCACGAAGAUUAUGACAAACUCAAAGCAACGGAAUCGGCAAGGUUUACCGACAGUGGUGAAAUCAUUGAACCGUCAGAGGUGGGGGAGGUGGAACACUUUGUGCUGGACAAUAUUCAACCAGUGCAAUUGCAGCCUGUGCAAACAAGUCAAUUUAUGGAGGAUUCCGAAGAAGAAGUAGAAGAAGAAGAAGAAGAAUUUGUGAUAAAUGAGUCGGGUGUCGGGUCCUUUGUGGUUCGUGGUUCUGGUACUGAAACUUUGGAGGAAGUUGUUGAAUAUGAAGAAGUUGAAGUAUCUGCCAGCAGUAACUCAGACGGCAACAGCAGUUCAAGCAGCGGAUCAAGCAGCAGCAGCAGCAGUUCAGGCAGCAGCAGCUCAAGUAGUGACAGCAGCUCAAGUAGCAGCAGCAGCAGCUCAGACAUUGGUGGAGUUUCUCCAGUGAUUUCCCCCAAUAGUUCGGCCAGUGGUGGAGUUUCACCAGUGAUUUCGCCUGUAUCGAGCUCGCAAAAGAGCAGUCGUCAAGCCCCAGACAACCUUCUUAAGGCCCAAGAAUACUUGCCAAAUGUGGACGACCUUGUUGCAUAUACCGACGAUUUGCCACUGGAGGAAGCUCCCAGUAUCAAUGUUAAGCCCUCCAAUAUUAGUGCCGAUCGCAGUGCAAUACCGGACUCCUUGCCUCCGUCCUAUCCGUCCUAUCAAUAUACACCACCACCACCGCCACCACCCCGACAAAAACAAAAACAAAAACAUCAACAACCGCUACCAUCACAACCUCCACAACAACCCAUGGAACGAGAAACCAUGAGGGAAAAGUCUCGCAAACUCGAUACAGAAAUUGCCCAGCAGUACAUGGAUUUGGGCAAAUCGCUCAAAUACAGAGGAGACUUCGAAGGAGCUGCAUUAGAACUGAACAAAGCAUUAGCGCUGCGGCGGAAAUGCUUGGGCAAAUCCCAUCCUGAUACAGCCUCAUCCUACUAUCAAUUGGGAUUGCUAUACUACCAAUCUGGGCAGUACGAUCUGGCAUUUGGAGAUUUGAAACGGGCCUUGACAUUGGGGAGAAAUGUCUGGGGGCGUCACCACGAGGAUACCGCUUGUACCUAUUUUCAGCUUGGUCUCGUGCUGAAUGCAAAGCAGGACUUCAAGACUGGAUUGCGAGAACUGACCAAGGCGUACAAUAUUUUCCGAAAAACCAUGGGCCCGGAUCAUCCAGCCACAGCUCGAACGCUGCAAUACAUGGGAGACUCGCAUGCGGGGAUGAGCGACACCGUCGGGGCUGUAGUCCACUAUAGCAAAGCGUUGGCGAUCCAGAUGGUUACCAUGGGAAAGCAUCACCCACAGACUGUUGAAACGUUUCAAAAGAUGACGAUGGAAAUGAACAAACCUGGGCGGAGCAGGUGA